UACUCCUUUAAAGAUGGCGACUUUGACCUCGUUAAAAAAUAAAUCUAGAAAUUAGAAUCUAGAGUCUAGAUCUAUUAAUAUUACUAAGGGCUGAAAUAGAUCUAGAUUCUAUAUACUUAUAAACUAUAUAGAUCUAAAGAUAUAAACUCAGUUACAUAGAUUAUAUCCCAUAUCUUAAUCUAAAUCAUCAAGAUCUAAUACUUAUACUAGAUAGUAGAUCUAUAGAUCUACUCAAAUAGUAUAACUAUAAUAUUAUUUACUAAUAAUUAUAACCUAGAUCUAAAUUUUAUAAUAAAAUAAAAUAAUGAGGCUAACACGCACAUUACUAGCUGGACUUCGUGAUUGCACAGUACGCAAUUGGAAAAAAGUUUGGAAAUAUCAAGGAAAGUAUUUUGAUCAACCAUAUACAAUACCAGAAGCGCUGGCGUCAAAAGGUAUUCCAGUCAUUAAGGUGAAUGAUAUUAAACCAGUCUAUACAAAGUGGGUUCCACCAGUUUCUGAUGAUCCACGUUUUGCUGAACCUAUUCCUCCAGAAAAACAAGAGGACUGGAAACCAGAGCCAGUGUAUGUCCACCAUGAUAAUGUCCGCUUGUUUGAAGGAAUCAAACAAGUUUGUCUUAUUGCUAAAGCUCAACCAUUUGAAGGCUUUCCACCUAGUGUUGAUAAAUUAAUAGGUGCCAUGGAUGUUCCUGAUAAAGACAUGAUUCUACAAAGAUAUAUUAUGCAGUCUCAGGUGUGGAACACAGAUGAAGAUAAUUUACCAAAGCCUCCUCCACAUCCUGACAAACCCAGAUGGAAAUGGGUUAAACAAGUCGGUAUUACACAUGUCAAAUCAACACAAAUCUUAGUAAGAAAUCUAUUGAGGUUAUGCCAGAUCCAGACUGCACAAUUUCCUUCAUUCACUGGUAGAAAGUAUAUAUUAGAUGUUCCCAUUUAUUCACACAUUAUGUACACAGGUAAAGCAAUCAUAAUGAAAGAACCCUUGGAUAUAUUACUAACUUCUGAUCAAGACUUACCUCCCUUUGCUGAUGAGAAUGCUGUAGAUGCUAGUGUACUCUACAAGAUACCUGACAUGUGGCCUAUAUUUCCAACAGUGGAUUUCCUCAAGACUAACAACUAUGAGAUACUUAGUAAUACAGGGUUUUCCAGUGAUAUGAAACUGACCUGUCCACAUACUAUCAUACAGUUUCCUAGAAAAACUCAUUGGGAAGUUAAACAUUACCAAGCAGCACAGAUUAUGUCUUGUCUAAUGUAUACUGCAGCUCUUGCCAGGAAGAGGUUUGGGGAACAUGUCAAAAUCCUGCCAAAACCUAUCUGUGUCCAACAUGUUUCAGUUGAACAAGGGAAAUUUCUCUUUGCAUUUUUUCAGUUGAAUACAUUAGAUUUUGAAUCAGACAGUGGCAUCAAAAAUUUCAUCUGGACAGCAGAUAGAUCUGACCUGUAUUCUGAAACACAUCCACAACCGUGGUUGAAAGAUCCACUUUUAGAGAAAUCUAAGAUAGUGGACUAUGACCCUGUGGCUUUUGACAGAUUUCUAGCCGUUUACUUAAAUGGGUUCCCUGAAAUGUCCAGUAUCUUACAAAAACAGACUGAGAAGGCUACAGCUUCAUCAUGAUUUGAUCCCAAUUGAAAUGAUAUAUUUGUGCUAAGACAUCAAAUUAAAUUGAUAAAUGAUUCUGUUGUUUGAAGUAUGUAAAAAGUACACUUUUGUCUGGAGAUUUAGAUGAUAUUUAAUACACUUUUGUGUAUUUCAGUA